AUGAUAUCCGCAGGCAAGUAUGCGUACUAUCAGCUCGAACAUUCGCUGCACGGGCUUCUCUGGGGUGAUGGCCUGCCGCGAUCGACGGACGAGGUGUACAGCUCGUACAUCCAGGUGCUGGCGCAAAGUGCCGACGAGGUGAGAUUCGCAGGCUGCAGCACCGUCCGGACUCUGAUGGAACGGCACCCGGCGUGGUGGGUCUACACAAACCAGCGGGAGCACACGAGCUAUCGUCGGCCAGAGGAAUACACGGAAGCGAGGAUAGCGCAGGACCUGGCCGACGAGAUGGCUCGGGACGAGCCAUCCCAGAACUGA